UGUUGCGACAGCUGUUUCAAAAAUUUGCUUUGCUGUGUCCUAGUGCACUUCCCUGAAGUAUUCGACACCGGCUUGUGUAUGUUUUAUCAGUGCUGAACAGGACUGGAAAUUAGACGUCGCGCUUCUGAGGGCCUGGCUUUCGGCCACUGACGUCCACGUGUAUUAAAUGUCGAAAAUGGUGAAUUCAUAGGUUAUUUAUAAACCGAAAGCCUCAUCGAACAGCAUCUCUCAAGUGAAGGAAGCAGCCAUGGGAGGCAGGCAUCAAGACACCGACAUGUCGGUAGCGGCGGCCUAUGCAGCGGGAGGAACAUUUGAAGCCCCCAUCAGGCCUUCCAGAGCGCCUCACCAGCCGAGGGCGCGCUCAGCACGGGUUCCCAUGCACGAGGAGGAUUAUGAAGACCUGCCCUCAGUAGAUGAUCUGGCUGUAGCGGCUCGGGCCGCAGCAGGGGCACCAGAUCCUGUCGGCCCAGUGCUCCGGCAGGCGCUGGGGGAGGAAGUAGAGGAGGAGGAUGAGCUCCUGGAGCCACACGCAGAGGCACUUGUGACCAGCAAUAUCGACAGUCCUAUGGAGGAAGCAGAGACACAUGGGGAGACCCUUGAUCAUGCUGACAGAGGGGAUGAGGCAGACAAUGAAGAUGAUGAGGCAGCAUCCAGCUCCGAUGAGUCCAUGUCGGAGUCAAGCGAGGAGACCUCAUCGGAAUCAGACUCCAGCGAUGACGAAGAUAAUGCAGUCAUGGCACUGACCAGUGAUGCUCCCAGCCUUCGAAUCCAGCUCAAGGUUGGCGAGGAUGAGACAGUGAAGCUGGUGGUCAAGCGGGACGCCUAUAACCCUGAGGAGCUGCGAGCAGAGAUUGACCGGAUGGAGCGAGAUGGCCCAGACCCAAAUGCAGAGGAAGAGGAGGAAAUUGAGGCUGCCAAGCGGGAGGAGGCGGCUACCUUGCCUCAAGUGGAGCCCUUGGACGUGCAGAUUAGCCCAGAGGACACGCUGCUUCCAGUGGGGCUUGUGUCCGCGAUUAUUGGGUCCAUCAUUGUGGUCCAGGCACCAGAGAACGGGCGUGCAGUCACAGAGGGCAGCGUGCUGUGCUUGAGCAACAGGGAGCCCAUAGGCAAAGUGGAGGAGGUUUUUGGACCGGUCAUGCAGCCGCUGUACAGCCUGCGCUAUGCAUGCGGGCCCACGCCGCCCGCCGAGCUGGCCGUGGGCGCGGAGAUGUGCUCCGUGGAGAGGCUGACGCAGUACGUGCUACCAGAGGAGCUCUAUGUUAAGGGGUACGAUGCCGGUGAGGCGGAGGCCGUGAGCGAAGCGGACGCGGAAGAGUACGAGUUCUCGGACGAUGAGAAGGAGGCGGCAUGGCGGCGGGAGCAGAAGGCGCUGCAGCCGGCCAAGCGCAAGGCGCAGGACGCCCCUCGCGGCCGCAGCGGGGCACGCGGCGGCCGCCACAAUGGGCGCCACAGCACCGGCAGCGCCGACCCCGGAACAGGAGGCCGGCGGUCCGGGCGGGGCAGAGGCAGGGGCGGCGGCUACUCUGAGGGAGGUCAUAGGCAAGCCCCCCAGCAGAACCACCAGGCUGCUCAGCCAAUGCAAGGCUAUGCAGGGCCGGGGCCCGGGAGCUUCAUGCCAGGCUAUGCUCCGUACGGGCCACCCGGCUAUGGACCGCCGCAGAGUGCGGGCCCAGCCUACGCCCCACACCAGCAGAGUUAUGCCCCAGCGCAGCCAGGCGCCUAUGGCAAUUUUGAGUACGCCGCGCAGUAUGGCAGCUUUCCAGACCAGUAUGGUCAGCAAGCAUACGGCGGCAACAAUCAGUACCAGGCACAGCUGUCAUACAUGCCUCAGCAAGCACAGUAUGGGCCGCCGCGGCCGCUAGGCAUGCAGGGUGCAGCGUCAGCGACAGAUGCAUACAUAGGAGGCGGGCAGAGCUCUGGGAGGGGCAGAAGGGAGCACCUGCAGCGGGUUGGACAAGGCAAGCGUUCCCAGUAG